AUGGCUACUCCCAAUACAAACUCCAAGUCUAAUUUGUCCAAUGACCAGCGAACGGCUCUCUACCAAGAGCUGCUCACUGUCAGCACCAACGGCACACUGUCUCGAGAGAAGAUGGAGACAGUAUGCAAAGCGUUUGGCGUCCACUCGUCGACUGGGUGGCGCAUCUGGAAGCGCGGCAACGACAGCAAGUCCACCGGCGCGUGUGCUGACGUAAAGUCAAGGAAGCAUUUGUCCGGCCGGAAGAAGAUCUACACGACCGACGAAAUCGAGAAGCGUAUCAAGGCCGCGCCAGUGCAUAGGCGCCAAACACAUCGUUCCCUGGCGGCGGCUACGGGACUGUCGAAGUGGACGAUAUGGAACUUUAUUCGACAGAAAUGGAUCACGCCACGUACCAGUUGGUCGAAGCCAAAGCUCAAGCCGGAGCACAAGACGCAGCGCAUGUCGUUUUGCUCGAUGCACCUGUCAGACGUAGGUCAACGUGAAUUCAAUGAUAUGUUCAAUGUUGUUCAUAUCGAUGAAAAAUGGUUUUACCUUACGAAGAUUCGUCGGCGCUUCUACAUGUGGCACGACGAAGCGGCGCCGACACGUUCGCUGCAAUCCAAGUCGCACAUCACGAAGGUUGCUGGCCGCUCGUGGAGACCACCGUAG